AUGUGCUUGCUACUCGUUUACAGUUGUAUUGUAUUCUACUCGAUGUCUUCAUUGAUUCUGCUUGUGCAGCUGUCUUCAUUAUGCGGAAAAAAGAAGCCAGUAGGCCAACAGAAUCAACAGGAACAAGAAAAACAACAGAAACAAGAGAAGCAGCAGAGUCAAUCAAAAGAAACGACAAGUUAUUCUCGUGAAAAAGAACAAAGCGCUUCUAAAGUAGCAAAAAUGUCUACUUCCAUCCAGCUGAAACAAGAGCAACCGACCCAAGACGAGAGUUCAGGAAAAGUGAAGUCUAAAUCCGAAAAUCCGCCUAAAGAAACACAAUUGAAUCUCAAGGAGCUACAGACUACACAACGGUGUGAUGUGGUCGAAAAUGAACAUGUGGGGGGAUACCUAACAGCAGGACCAGACGACCGAGCAUUCACUCUGCUUAUGCCAGUAGUGCCAGUCCAGAACGAAGAAUCCGGCUCGAAGAGUUCUUUCCAUGUGUUGGAUCCUCUCAAAGAUCAGAGUCAGUGGACACAGCUGGAGUUCGUUGAGGUACAACCGAGGAAGGAACGAGAUAAUGGAAAGGAGUUGAAAGCUGAGGCCCAAGCAUGA